AUGUCUCUAGACAAUAAACCCACCGACACCGUCUCCGCCACCACCGAACCCCUCGAUAGCUCAUUACAAGCCGCUCUGAAAAAGCCACCCCGAACUCUCACGGCACCAACCGAGAAGCCGAAAUGGUGGCAGCGCCUGCUAGCAAAGGUCCACAUGCAUUCUGACUCAAACGAACCCGAUGACUACAUGCUCUACCCCUAA